CAACUGCAGAGUUUUAAUGGUUUUGGUUUAACACAGGAGUGGUUCAGUCUGUGGAAUGUUAAGGCAAUGGUAGUUGAUUUGAUUUCUUUGUUUCUGUGUGUUUCUGUGUACUAAAAUGCAGUUGACAGCGGCUAACAUCUUGUGGUGAAGGUUCUGCAUCAUUUGAUAAGUGCUGUAGAGGCUAAUGUACAGUUUGACAACCCCCCCCUCCGAUAUCAGCCAUGGCACCAAUAGGAAAUGUGACCUCCGCGGACGACCUGUCACCAUCUUACUCAGCUACCAUGGCACCAUACAGCGUAACCUCCGCACAAUAUGAACCAACGUUAUUGGCCCCCACCUCAGCAGGAUUUGGAUUAAGUGAGGAUGUGAAGUGGCUGAUACUAGCUGUGAUUUCGGCUUUGGGCGUUGUUGUUGGAAUUGUGGGACUCAUAAAAUCUUGGAAAUGGUGCCGUUCAAAAAGAGAGCGCAGCCAAAGCAGGCAGCAGCAAUGCGAGCUCGUUCCAUUGACAGACACGGCAGAAUGGUCUACGUCUGAUGUCCAAUCCCAAGCUGCUGCUAAAUGUAAAGAUGCACUGAAGGAACACUACAGAACCACAGGUAGCUAUGUACAUCUGAACCCAUGGUGUGAUGAGGACCAAAAACGCAUCUUGGACAUCUACACCAGGUGGUGCAUCACUCCAGUCUGGUCAACCUUCAGGUGACAUGUCAGAGAAUCAACCCAGUACAUCACAGCAAUCGACCACACAGGGUGCUGUCUCACACUCACAGACACCAGGUAAUGGGAAUUAAUAAAAAUGUGCUAAAACUCACAGACAUGUAAAUGCAUAGACCACAAGAUCCUAUUCAAAACUACAGGAAGAUUUUGUGAUUUGUUUUGCACCCGACUAAAAUCAAAACUAUGGACAAAUUCACCCCUCGGUGUAGGGAAUUUUCACACAGUCAAAGAAUUGCAACCGCAACAUUCCAUGAAGCCGAUUUUCAAUUGUGAAAAGAAAUCCUCUAUUUACUUAAUCUGGCCCAUGCAGAUUCUGAACGAUGCGUUGCAGCAUUUGAAAAGAGGAGACACCAGUUUCAAAGAGUACAAAAGUUAACAUGUUUUGAGAGCACAUGUAAACAACCCAAGCAAUAUAAAGUGCAUCGCACGUAAUGCGCAAUGAACGCACUGCCAUCCAUCGCUUUGCCCAUUGUUUACCCGUACAUUUUGCAUUGUUUCCUGCGCAAGAAUGAUGGUCUAUGCAUGUAUAUGUCUGUGCUAAAACCUGAUGUGAAAAUAUCAUCUGAAGUUAGGCAGCAUUUCACUUUUAAAGUUGAAGUUUUUUGUAAUUCCAGUGCAAUUUCUCAAGACAUCUGUUAAUUAGUGUUACCCCAAAUUUUAAAUGUCAUGCGCAGUACUGUCUGAGAAGUUUUUAACACAGCAUUUAUGGUGUUGAAACCUUGUCUGAGGUUAUGUUUGGCAGCCUUUCACUUUUUAAACACUCCUAUGGUAAACAGCGUAAUUAUGCACAAAAGCCCACAGUCACUCUCUUGCAUGUGUUUUCUAUGUGGAACACAAAUAUGGCUGUGAUGGGCAAUUUGUCAGAACUCUUCAAAUUGCAGGAUCUUUUCUUGCAUUAGUGCUGUAAGCAAAGUGACUUAUCAGCAACAUCUUUCCAUGACUGCCUCCUUUUAUCAAUUCAUAGUAGAAGGUUUUAUACUCGGCAAAGGGCUCUGUGAUCCUGCGAUGUGUCUGUGCACUUGAUGAGUGGUAGGCCUCAUCAGCAACAUCUUUCCUUGACCAUGCCCCUGUGCGUUGCUGCUUCUUUGUGUCUCCUCUGGGGAGUGAGUUCAAAUCAUCUACCAGCCUCUGA